AUGGAUCCCGGCACAGCGUCGGCCUCGCCGCGGCGCCGCCCAGCGGUUGGAUUGCACGUGAAGCUCGACGAGCUUGCAGCCUUGCGACCCGACGCCCCGGCCAGCGAGGACCAGCACGGCACGUGGAGUUACGCCGAGCUGCGGGACCUCUCCUUGCGCGCAGCGUUGGCACUGCAAGCCCUCGGCGUCUCCGCGGAACCCGCCCCGGACUGGGCCACGUUCCCGGCGGCGCCGCGGCCGCUGGCGCUGGCCCUCCCGCGCGGCAACAUGUGGUACGCAUUGUGCUUCGCGGGCUGGCAGAUGGGCUUGCCGGUGGUGGCAUUGAGCGACGACAUGCCUGACAAGGCCGCCGAGCGCGAGCGGGGCGGGCGCGCGGCCCGGGAGCUGCGGCCCGCCGUGGCCAUCACGGACGGGCCGCCGGACGCCGCGCUGCCUGGCCUGCCAGGGGACUGCCUCGUGCUGCAGGCGGCCGAGUUCUGGGCGCGGGUCCAGGGCAGCGUCGUCCCCGCCGGGUGCGCGGCGCCCCUCCGCGGGAGCGACACCCCGCCCCUCUCAGAUCGAGGGGGCGCGGAGUCCGCGAUGCCGGGCCUGCUGCUGCGCCCCUUCGCCAGCCUGGAGACGGCGCCGCACGGCGCUUGCACGCCCAGCUCGCUGUGGCCUCCUACGCCCACCCCGACCUCCAAGCCGGCGAGCCUCGAGGCUUACGCCCAGCCGAGCGACGCGAUGCGCUGGCCGCUGCUCCAGAGCCAGACUCAGCACAGCAAUGCGGUGGAUCAGGGACAGGGGCUCCCGCUGCUCGAGCUCGGGGACAGCAGUCAGCUCCCGCAGCCCGUGAAGGUGAAGAACACCUUCAUCGAUGGCUUCCUUGAUGACGAGGAGCAGGGCGACGGCCCGGCCAUGACCGCCUGCAAGACCUGGUGCGUCGGCACGGCCGUGACGGCCUUCUCGCGGCAGGGCUCCGCCUCCUGGUCCUGCGCCAGCACGACCGACGAGGAGAGCGCGGCGGCCACGGCACCGGCGUCGCCGGAGGGCGCCGUGCGGCUGCCAGCUGAGCCGCCGAACCCAGCGCAGCUGCCGCAGGCCUCCGCGGGGUCCGAGUUGCACGGCACUGGGCGGUGCAGGCCUUGCGGGUGGUUCUGGAACCCGGGGGGUGCGUCCACGGCGCGGCGUGCUGCCACUGCCACAUGUGCCCGGAGGGCGAGCUGA